UGUUCCCUCGCUUCCGUUCACAUUCUUUUUUAUCCAUUACUAAGACUAGCUUCCACGCAUUUCUGUGCUUGUUCGUUUCAAACAGACUUGAUGUCUGGUGACAUUACAACUUCGGACCUUGGAUGUCAUAAAGCACUAUCUGGUCUUAUUGCAUGGGUUUUCAUAACUCGUUGAACUGUUGUCCUUAUGUUUAUUGUAUAUGACAGAGAAGAAAAGUACAGCUUAGCUAAACUUUCUGGGAGAGGCUAUUCGGUAGUUGUUAUUUGAGGGUAGUGGGAGAUAUAUUUGUUGUUGUACAAGAAAGACGUGCUGAUUCCAUCACAGUUUUUUCAUGCUAAGGGUUGUAUACUAAUGGGUGCCAAUGUGAAUGAUUGACUAAACAUAUUAUGAGCCUCAGCUUGGAUUCACAAGUGUUGAUCCGGAGUACUUCAAUUUAUUAGUGCAUUGGUUACAAGAAUGCUCUUGCAGGUUAGAGGUGUUAUUUUUUAACUAAAUGAGUUGGUGUCUGAAGUGGAUGAGACAUGAUCGAGUGGGCGAGCUUUGUUUAUGGGUGCUGAAAGUUGUCCAGAACAUGGAUGCAGCAUGCAGAGGACAAGGUGAUUGGAUCCAUUGUUUCAAGACGGAGAGGCUUUCGAGGGGAAAUGUGAAAGCAACUAAAAAACUGAAGGAAGCAAAACCUAUUCUAGAAGAAAAAGAUCAUUCUCAUAUAAUGUGGUGGAAAGAGAGAUUACAGUUUUUCAGAAAGCCUUCUUCCAUCCAACUGGUUAAACGGCUUACCUAUUCAAAUUUGCUAGGUGUAGAUGACAGCCUGAAAAAUGGGAGUUUGAAAGAGGGUACACUCAACUGGGAGAUGCUGCAAUUUAAGAUGAGGUUUCCACGUGAAGUUUUACUAUGUAGAGUUGGGGAUUUUUAUGAAGCUAUUGGUAUUGAUGCGUGUGUUCUUGUUGAGCAUGCUGGUUUGAAUCCCUUUGGUGGUUUGCGUUCAGAUAGUAUUCCAAGAGCAGGAUGCCCUGUUAUGAACUUGCGACAAACCUUGGAUGAUUUGACACGCAAUGGAUAUUCAGUCUGCAUAGUUGAGGAAGUUCAAGGUCCAACUCAAGCUCGUUGUCGCAAAGGUCGUUUUAUUUCCGGGCAUGCACAUCCUGGUAGUCCUUAUGUUUUUGGACUUGCUGGGGCUGAUCAUGAUGUUGAUUUCCCUGAACCAAUCCCUGUAGUUGGAGUAUCUCGUUCUGCAAAAGGGUAUUGCAUAACUUCAGUGCUGGAGACUAUGAAGACAUUUUCAGUGGAUGAUGGUCUUACUGAGGAGGCUAUAGUAACCAAGCUACGCACUUCUCGAUACCAACAUUUAUUUCUGCACACAUCUCUGAAACACAACUCAGCGGGUUUCACUGCAGGUACUUCUCGGUGGGGAGAAUUUGGUGAAGGGGGUAUGUUGUGGGGAGAAUGUACUGGCAAGCACUUUGAGUGGUUUGAUGGUGAUCCAAUCACUGAGAUUUUAUUCAAGGUAAAGGAGAUCUAUGGUCUUGAUCAUGAUGUUUCCUUUAGAGAUGUCACUGUUUCUCCCGAGAAAAGGCCACGACCUUUGCACCUUGGAACAGCCACACAAGUUGGUGCCAUACCUACAGAGGGAAUACCCAGCUUGUUGAAAGUGCUGCUCCCUGCAAGUUGUGUUGGCCUUCCUGUACUGUAUAUAAGAGAUCUUCUUCUUAAUCCACCGGCAUAUGUGAUUGCAUCGGCAAUUCAAGAAACAUGCAAAAUUAUGAGUGGUGUAACGUGUUCGAUCCCUGAGUUUACAUGUGUGCCAGCUGCCAAGCUUGUGAAGCUAUUGGAAUCCAGAGAGGCAAAUCAUAUUGAAUUCUGCAGAAUCAAGAACAUAGCUGAUGAAAUCCUGCAGAUGUAUAAAAGCUUUGAGCUAUGUGAUAUUCUAAAACUUCUAAUGGAUCCUACUUGGGUUGCCACUGGGUUGAAAGUUGAAUUAAAGACCUUGGUAAAAGAGUGUGAAUGGGUGUCAAAUCGAAUUGGUGAAGUGAUUCUUCUGGAUGGUGAAAGUGAUCAAAAAUUCAGUUCCUUUCUUGCAAUUCCAAGUGAAUUUUUUGUAGAUAUGGAAUCUUCAUGGAAAGGGCGUGUGAAGAGGAUUCAUGCUGAGGAAGCGUAUGCAGAAGUGGAGAAGGCAGCUGAAGCCUUAUCUAUAGCAGUUAUGGAAGAUUUUCUUCCAAUUAUUUCAAGAAUAAAAGCUACAGCAGCUCCCCUUGGGGGUCCCAAGGGAGAAGUAUCAUAUGCCAGAGAACAUGAAGCUGUUUGGUUUAAAGGAAAACGUUUUGCACCCACUGUUUGGGCUGGUACUCCUGGGGAACAAGAAAUCAAACAGCUUAGACCUGCUACAGAUUCAAAAGGGAGAAAGGUUGGAGAAGAAUGGUUUACUACAAAGAAGGUGGAGGAUGCGCUACUUAGAUACCAUGAAGCAGGUGAUAAGGCAAAGGCUACAGUAUUAGCAUUAUUGAGAGGACUUUCUGCUGAGUUACAGGACAAAAUAAACAUUCUUGUCUUUGCUUCUAUGUUGCUUGUCAUAGCAAAAGCACUAUUUUCUCACGUCAGUGAGGGUAAAAGGAGGAAGUGGGUUUUUCCUACCCUUGUUGAGUUCCCUAAGAGUAAGGAUAGAAUAUCAUCACAUGGGGCAAACAAAAUGCAGAUAUUUGGUUUAUCACCUUAUUGGUUUGAUAUAGCACAAGGCAAUGCAAUACAUAAUACAGUUGACAUGCAAUCAUUGUUUCUUUUGACCGGGCCAAAUGGGGGUGGUAAAUCUAGUUUGCUUCGAUCAAUUUGUGCAGCUGCAUUACUUGGAAUAUGUGGAUUGACGGUGCCUGCAGAGUCGGCACUUAUUCCACAUUUUGACUCUAUUAUGCUUCACAUGAAAUCUUAUGAUAGCCCUGCUGAUGGAAAAAGCUCCUUUCAGAUUGAAAUGUCAGAGAUUCGUUCCAUAAUAGCUGGGGCCACUGCAAGGAGCCUUGUUCUUGUUGAUGAAAUAUGUAGGGGUACAGAAACAGCAAAAGGAACAUGUAUUGCUGGUAGCAUUGUUGAGACACUUGAUAACAUUAGUUGCCUUGGUGUUGUUUCUACCCACUUGCAUGGGAUUUUUGAUCUACCACUAAACACAAAGAACAUUGUAUAUAAAGCCAUGGGAUCAGAGAACUUAAAUGGUCAUACACGGCCAACAUGGAAAUUGAUAGAUGGAAUCUGUAGAGAAAGUCUUGCCUUUGAAACAGCCCAAGGGGAAGGCAUCCCUGAAACAGUAAUCCAUAGAGCAAAAGAACUGUAUCUUUCAUUAAAUGAAAAGGAGGAUGCAUCUUCAGGAAAAAGUGAUGCAAAAGUGGAACAUCUUAGUUCAGAUUCUGAUGAAGUCGAAGAGCAAUUGCAUAGGGUUAAGAUAGGAGCUAUUGGUAUGAGGAUGAAGGCAUUGAAUUCUGUAGAGAUUCUACGAAAGGAAAUAGCAAGUGCUGUUACCAUAAUCUGUCAGAAGAAACUGAUAGAGUUAUACAAACAGAGAAAUAUUUCAGAACUUACUGAGGUCAAUUGUGUCAUUAUCUCUUCUAGGGAACAACCACCUCCAUCAACUAUAGGUGCUUCAAGUGUCUAUGUGCUUCUGAGACCUGACAAGAAAUUAUAUGUUGGACAGACGGAUGACCUUGAGGGUAGAGUCCGUGCUCACCGUUCAAAGGAAGGGAUGCAGAAUGCUUCGUUCCUUUAUGUUAUAGUCCCAGGAAAGAGCAUAGCUAGCCAACUGGAAACUCUAUUAAUUAACCAGCUUCCUCAUCAAGGCUUUCGGCUCACAAACAUUGCAGAUGGAAAGCAUCGUAACUUUGGCACAUCCAGUCUCUCCUUAGAAAGUGUCGUCUUGUAAUAAAGAACCUGUAGCAGUUGACCCUUAAUUGAGCUUAUGUGAAACCAUGUUGAGCUGAUCGGAGAUGGGAGAGCCUCUUUUUCUCCUGUUCUUUUUGUCAAUUUUAUAAUUUGUUGUAUGGAAAAAUUAAAGUGGUUAGGCCGUUGAAUAAAAUGUGGCUGCAGCAAUUUUGGGUCUUUUGAUGGCUGCUCCACUCUUCGGCAUUCCCCCAGAAAUGUGAUGCAAUUUCUGUUCAAAGUGUGUUUAUCAGAUGCAGCAUUUAUGAUCAGAUGAAGCAUUUACACCUAUAUGCUAACAUGUCUAGUAUUGUAUUUUUGGAAGCCCACAUGUUUAGUAUUGUUUACAAAUGGCUCAACUAAAAUAUUUAAUUA